GUGCGUGGUGCAAGGCCUUGCAGGUUGCAGCAACGGUCCUACAGUAUAAUGCGCCUUCACACCUCUCAGAGUGUGGCACGUCUGCAAUCUGCUCGUUCUGGUUGCGUGCGGGUUUCUCGCGCUUACAUUGCACCCAAGGCGGUGGCUGCGCUUGAUAAGGCCGUGGAGAUGAACAUUGCAUCAGAUGUCACCCAGCUGAUUGGGAAGACCCCUAUGGUAUACCUGAAUAAGGUGACCGAUGGGUGCGUGGCCAAGAUCGCUGCCAAGCUGGAGAUUAUGGAGCCAUGCUGCUCUGUGAAGGACAGGAUUGGCUACAGCAUGAUUUCAGCCGCUGAGAAGGACGGCCUGAUUACGCCCGGCAAGACCACGUUAGUGGAGCCCACCAGCGGCAACACCGGCAUCGGCCUGGCCUUCAUUGCCGCAGCUAAGGGCUACAAGCUCAUCUUGACCAUGCCCGCCAGCAUGUCUAUGGAGCGCCGCAUCCUGCUGCGUGCCUUUGGGGCGGAACUGGUGCUGACGGACCCAGCCAAGGGCAUGAAGGGCGCUGUUGCCAAGGCGGAGGAGAUCCUGGCCUCCACACCGGACGCGUUUAUGCUGCAGCAGUUUCAAAAUCCGAACAACCCGAAGGUGCAUUACGAGACCACCGGGCCGGAGAUUUGGGACGCGACGGAGGGUGCCGUGGACAUCCUUGUCUCGGGCGUGGGCACUGGCGGCACCAUCACUGGCACGGGCCGUUACCUGCGCGAGAAGAAGGAUAAGGUCGAGCUGGUGGCAGUGGAGCCCGCGGAGUCGCCGGUGCUGAGCGGCGGCAAGCCCGGGCCGCACAAGAUUCAGGGCAUUGGUGCGGGCUUUGUGCCGGCGGUGCUGGACACGUCUUUGAUCAGCGAGGUUGUUCAGGUUUCGAGUGAUGACGCCAUUGAAAUGGCUCGCCGGCUGGCCCUGGAGGAGGGCCUCAUGGUGGGCAUCAGCUCGGGGGCGGCCGUGCAGGCGGCUAUUAAGGUUGCCAAGCGCCCGGAGAAUGCGGGCAAGCUGGUUGUGGUGGUGCUUCCGUCGUUCGGCGAGCGCUACCUGUCCAGCGUGCUCUUCCAGUCGCUCCGCGACGAAGCAGCGCGCAUGACACAUGAGGUCGCCUGAGGGAAUUGUGCUUUUUGAAUUAUACAGCGACGGUACAUGCGCUAUGGUGGAGAUGUUAUUGGGAAAAUCACGGACCAGAAGUUUAUGCAGUGUAUAUACUGGAUGAAGGUUUGACUGCUUGGCUUGUCUAUAACUGCAAGAAAAUCGCCCACAGUAAAGCCGGCUGUGUCAUACUGUGCUUCCAUGAGUAUGUAAUUUUAAUGUCUC